AUGAAGGUCCGGUGGCGGUGGGUGGACGUGGAGGGGCAGGAGGGCGAGGAGGAGUUGGACCGCGCGGCGGUGAUGCAGCGCACGGGGCUGCACGCGCGCGACCUGCGCAUCCUCGACCCGCUGCUCUCCUACCCCUCCACCAUCCUCGGCCGCGAGCGAGCCAUCGUCCUCAACCUCGAGCACCUCAAGGCCAUCAUCACGGCUGAAGAGGUGCUGCUGCGCAACCCGGCGCACGAGGGCGUGCAGCGCUUUGUGGACGACCUGCUGCGCCGCCUGCAUCUGCAGCCUGCUGCUGGGCCCCCUGCCGCUGCUCCAGGGGCUGCUGCUGCUGCUGCUGUGCCGGGCGCAGCUGAAGCUGCCAUUCCCGGUGCUGCUUCCCCUGGCCGCAUUGCCACCGCUGCUCAUGCUCCCCAUUUGGCUGCUGCUGCUGGCGGCGGUGUGAGUGGCGCUGAUGGGUCUGCGAGCAGGCACGACUCACGCAGUGGCGAUGCAAGCAAGGUGCAUGGGGGUGGAGGGGGGAGAGAGGACCAUCAAGGGAGUGAGGGGACAAGGGAGAGUGGGAGCGCUGUUCAUGGGAGCGAUGCGGCAAGAAGAGCAGAUGAGCGGCGGAGAGUACGUGCGACAUCAGAGAUUGAGAUGGCGGAGUGUGACGCGCGUGAGCGACGUGGGCCAGUGGAUGGCGAAGGGGAGGAGGCGGAAGAUGAGGGGGAGGAGGAAGAGGAGGAGGAGGAGGAUGCAUGGGAGGGCAUGGGCAGUGCGCACGGGUCGAGGGCAGAGAGUGAGCCGCUCACCCUGCGACUGCGCGUGAAGGAAGGCGGUGGGGGGAAGGGCAUGGGGCUAGAAGCAGAGGGGGGGGAGGGGGGUGGAGGAGAGAGGGAAGCAAAGGGAUGGCAGCAUGAGGAAGAGGAGGACGAGGAGGACAUGGAGGAGUACCGGCCAUUUGAGUUCAUCGCGUUGGAGGUGGCGUUGGAGCAGGUGUGCCGUGCGCUGGACUCGCACACCACACUGCUCGAGAACGAGGCCUACCCCGCCCUCGAUCAGCUCACCUCGCGAGUGAGCAGUCUCAACCUGGACCGAGUGAGAAGCAUGAAGAACAGAAUGAGUCGACUCAUCGCUCGCGUGCAGAAGGUGAGGGAGGAGUUGGAGCAGCUGUUGGACGAUGAUGAUGACAUGGCUGAGAUGUUCCUCACCCGCAUGGCCGCCGCACCGCCCUCCCCCACCGCCACCUCGCUGCACGGCGCCGCCUCCCUCGCCUUCUCCCUGCCCGCCCCCGCCGCCCUCCACGCGCCAUUUGCCACUUCCCCGCUCGGCUCGCGCAUGUCCAUUGGCGGGCGGUGGGGUGCCAUGGGCAUGGGCAUGGGGGCGGGGGGCGGCGGCAUGGCGGCGGUGAUGAGCCGCGCGAGUGCCUACAGCAGUGCGCACUCCGACAACGACGAUAUUGAAGAGCUGGAGCAGCUGCUGGAGGUGAGCAGCUGCUGGAGGUGA